AUGGCUGUUGCCAAAGCAUCAGCAAAGCAACUGAAUCACACGGUCACGGCCAUACUAACCGAGCAAGAUGUUGCCUUUCGUAAGGACAUGGCGUCAUUGGUCCGUUACCGAUUCCCAGCUGCCCGCGAGGGAUUAUGCCAGCAAUUGGAAGAUUCCAUCGCGGCCCGACGUCGAAUGCUAUUGCAAAAGAAACGGCAUGCAAUAAGACUUGCUGUCAGACGAGUUCCCAAGCCUGUAUCCCUUGCCAAUCAAGGCAAAGAUCAUCAUCUGAAGCCUACACCAGCGACCGCCCAGCAGGGCAAAGAUAGACGACCGCCUAAUCCUACGGUUGUCACCGGCCAAACAACAGCUUCUCGGUCGGACAUGGACCCAGAGGUACCCGCCAUUAAACGACUUCAACUACCCUCGCAAAGGACCAUGACAACAGCCAUCAGCACCAUUUCCACUACGCAACAAGACUCUUUUAUAUAUCCGUCACCCCCAACAGCUAGCGAAGGAGAGACUCGCAUCCAAUUUCCCCUUUGUUCAACGCCUUUGGAACGCAGAAGCUCAGAGAAAGAGAGAAAUGACCAUUGGAAACGCCAUGUCGACCAGGAUAUUAAGCCAUAUGCUUGUCUGUUCCCCGAGUGCGCUGAGUCUCUUGUAUCCUUCGUUUACCGUCACGAAUGGAAGGCUCAUAUGGAAUCUGUCCAUUCGAAAGAUUGGUUGCGCAAGGCGCAUACUAUGCAGUGGUAUUGUGAUUUGGACCGUGACCCCUCUAUGACCUUUGAGACCGAGUUACAGUGGAGAGCACACAUGCUAGAUGUCAAUUCUCACCCGAAAAAGGAGUCUGUCCCAACCGCGGUGCAGCUUGACGCCCUUUCUCCUAGGAGACAACAAAUCGCUCUACGCAAGUGA